AUGGAAUAACCUUAAAAUCUAAUUCCCCAAGAACAAUUCAAGCAUGUCAGAAGUUAGGAAUAGAUCUGGGCAUUUUCCAAAUAAAAGAUAUUGACAAUUUUCGUACGAAUGAUUGUUACAGCGAUGAAAUUCUUUAAUUGCGAUAUGAGCAUUACAUUAAUAAAACUAAUCGUAAAGAUCAACAUUAUUUUAGAAUUAUUGAAUGAAAUAUUUUAGGCAAGAAAAGAAAUCAUACGAAAGAAUAGAUAACGCCAAUUAUAAUGUGCUUCAAUAGAUUCUCUUGAAAGAUCGGUUUCUCUUAAAUAAGGCUCUACCAUUGAUUAAUCGGAACUCAAAAAAUAAAUGGAUUAUGCUUACAAUAGGACUUUAUAAUAUUUGUAAUAAUAGAAAGUAGUUGAUGGAUAUGCUCCAUAAACUAUAGGAGAAUGUUAGGAUGUUGCAUAGUUUGAAGGUGGGUUGAAUAAAGAAUUAUCUAGAUAUAAUAAACAUAAAAUUUAGAAAAUAAGAGAAGCCUAAAUUAAAUUGGAGGAAGACAAAAAAAGAGUUGAAUUAUUAGAAAAAAUUUAGGAAAGAGACUAAAGAAUUGUUCAUGUCAUGACGAAAAAAUAAUAAGAAAUAAAGGAGAAAUACAGUACAUCUAGGAAAGUAGAAAAUAAAAGAAUGGAUACUUAAGAAAUGGAAUCUCAGUCUUAACCCAGAGAGAAUGAAGCACAAAGGAAUGUAUAAUAAUUAUCAAAUAAUGAAAUCAGAAGUAAGUUGUUAAUGAAAAUGGAUGAUUAGAAAGAGAAGAAGAAAAGGGAACAAGUCUUAUUGAGAAAAGAAGAAUUUGAAAAAUAAAUUGAUAUGGAUUGUCAAAUGUAAAUGGCAAAGAUACAAUAAAAAUUGGAGAAUAGUGAGAAAAUGCAAAGAGAAUUAAUCCAAAACAAAAUAGAAAAAAUAAAAGAGUAAAAUCUUAAAGAGUAAUAAAUUAUGAAACAACAAAAAUAACUUAAAGAUAAGAUAUCACAAGAUCAUAUAAAUUAACUUUUAGAAAAAAUGGUACAAAAAGAGAAAGACUUUUAAAUAAACUAAAAGUCAAUUUAGAAUAUAGAAUAAGAGAAAAAAAUAGAAAUUAAAUAAAAAUAAAAGAAAAUUAAAUCUAAUUAAGGAGAUGUUUUUAAGGAUAGAGAUGAGAAAUUAAAGCAAAUAAAUGAGAAGUUUACGAAGAUAGAAUAAUUUAAUAAAAUAAAAAAAGAAGAAUAAGAUUACAAAAUAUUAUUGAAAUAAGAAUUGAGAAAGCUCAAGGAAUAAGAUAAACAAGAUAUAUUAGAGAGAUAAAAAAGAUAGAAUGAAUACAGAAUGUAAGAGAUUACAGAAAAAUACAGAUAAGUUGAUGAAAAAAACUAAUUAAAACAAUAUUAAAAUACUCUCUUAUAAUAAACAUCUAUGUAAAUCAGCAAAUAGGAAAUAUUAUAAAGAAAUCGAAUCUAUUCGCAUUUAUAAGAAAUGAGUGAUAAUCUCUUUAAUAAAAAAGUUAGAAAGCGAAAUUUAAGUCAACUUGAAAAAAAUGUCCUCACAAUUAAACCUAAACCUGAUAAUCAAAAAGAAGACACUGAGUUUGAGGAUCAUACCAAAUUAUUGAUUACAAUGCUCCAAACCUCUGAUGCUGAAGAAACAGUAAAAAUCAAAUAGAGUAGAAGACAAAAUUGA